UGCACCAAACUGGGACAGAGAGACAGGGCACUGGACUUGGCUGAUUUGCUGCUAAUUCUUUGUCUGAUUUGAAAUUCACUGCUGAACUGUCAUAUUCUUUAUACUGUAUGUCACACUGUUUAAAUAAGACAAGUUCUUACUUUAAAUACUACUGAUGAAGAAAACCACUAGUAUGUAUUCGCUGGAUCAUUUUUAAUUUUUCUUAACCUCAGCUACAAAGGGAAAUUUACAGACUGUUUACAUCAUAAAAUAAACUAAAACGACGUAAAGACGCAAGUCAAAAACCUUACAUUAAUAACAUCUGCAUAAUCUUUUUUUUCCAGAGCAAAGAAGCCUCCAACACCUGUCACCUGACCAGCCUCCUGCUGCUUAAGGUCAGCAUCUAUGAGCAUUUUGGAGCCGCAGGAUCCAAGACGUUGCGUCUGCAGCAGCUGUGUAGCCUGCUACCGUUCAACCCCUGGCACUGGUUCAGCCUGGGUCAGACGUGUUUGCAGCUGCUGGAGAAUAAAAGAACCUCAGGAUCCUGUUCUGCCAUGAGAUGUAAAUCAGAAGCAGAUCAGGAGGAUGGGGCGACUGAGGAGCAGCAGGAGGAGGCGGCAGAGCUCAACUCCUGUUGAGAGUCCUUCAGCUGCAGCAGUCGUCCUUUGUGUGCAGUACAGUCAAAGUGUGCUACAGAUGUCAGAAGAUGAGCUGCAGCGACUAAAUCUCAAAGAAACAACACUGCAGGCUCUCACUGAGGUGAGGUAACACACUCACAGUGCUGUUGCUAAGAUACAAACACAGCAUCCUGAGGCACUUGUGCUAAUCUCUGGGGACUUUAGUCAUGCAACUCUGGACAAAACACUGCCUGCUUUUCACCAGUAUGUGGACUGCAUCACCAGUGGGAAUAGGACUAUCGACCUGAUGUAUGCAAACGUCAAGGAUGCAUACAGCAACACCCCUCUUCCUGCACUGGGGAAAGUAGACCACAACCUGGUUCUGCUCAAACCUCACUAUACACCAAGAGUGAGGAGAUUACCAACAACAACUCGCUCAUUCAGGAAGUGGAUAACAGAAGCUUCGAGAGAGAGAACAGACUGGGGAGUGUUGCAGGGCUCUCACAGUGUUAACAUGGAGGAGAUGGGCGACUGCACUAUAGACUAUAUAAAAUUCUGUACUGAUGUUGUUGUUCCAGUGAGAACUGUACGCUGCUUUGCCAACAACAAGCCCUGGAUAACCAGUGACAUCAAAGGCCUCCUGAACCAGAAGAAGAAGAAGAAGGCCUUCAAAGAUGGUGUUUCAGAGGAGCUCGAGCGGGGCACAAAAGGAACUCAGGGUCCAGCUCAAGCAAGACAAAGGGGAAGUACAGAAGGAAAAUAGAACAAAGGAUGCAGGACAACAACAUGAGAGAGGUGCAGGAGGGGAUGAGGACCGUCACAGGAAGUAGCUCCAGGAGAGGUGCCCCCAUUGAGGGGGAUGUGGGGAGAGCAAACCAACUAAACUAGUUUUUUAAUUGGUUUGAUCACCCCAUCCCCUUCACACCUCCGAGCCAGGUAGCCACCACACUCCCACCCACACAGGCCCUCACCAGCACGGAUGAGGACCCCUCACAGGAGCACCACAGGGAACCAUGCUUUCUAUGGUCCUGUACAACGUCAGGCUUUAGGUACAACUCAGAGCUCUGACAUGUACAGAAGCAGCAGCGAUGUACUGGUUAUUAAGUUAUUAAAAACUUCCUACUGGCUCAUAUCUGUGUGGAUUAGUACCUUUUAUGACAACAGUCAAAUCCACAGUAUUGACCAGAGUGAGCUGUGGGGGUAUAAUAUGCAGAUAGAGGCAAAUACUCUUCAGCUGAUUUGACUAUUUAUAACAACCUGAGCAGAAACAAGAAAGAAUUAUGUUGGUGUGUUUCAAUGAGGGAAGCUGUGGAGGAAGGGAAAUAAAUGUGGCUUGGUCAAGGAGAGGGGUUCAUUUUAAAACUGGUGGAUCUGGAGGGAGCUGUUUGUCAUAAAAUGUAAUAUUUUUACACAGUCCUCUCCCUCUUCUCAGGUGAUGUCAGGGGACUUGAUCCCAGAGCAGAUGAGGGAUGACGACCAGGAUGGACAAAGAUGCUGUGGACUCUGCUGUUUUUCUGUUUGAUUGGGACGUCUGCUCAGAACCAAGGAGCUAACUGCACAACAGGAAAACUGAUAGAGGGAGGAAAAACAAAUCAGUCUUCAACCUACACUGAUCACUUCUCUGACAGAGCUGUUGAUGGGAAUUACAGUGCUUGUGCUCACACUGAAAACAAGUCCAACUCCUGGUGGACAAUAGAUUUACUGGGUCUAUAUGAAAUCUCUUGUAUCAACAUCGACAACAUUCAUCAUCACAGUGUUAACAUAACGAAUGCUCAGAUCCUCAUUGGGAACUCAUCUGAUGGAAACUUUAACCACCACAAUGUGUGUACAACUAUUUCUGACAGCACCAACGGACAAAAUCUAACAUUUAAAUGUGACAAUGGACCCAUGUCUGGACGCUAUGUUACCGUACACUUAGAAAGAACAUUUUUUGUCGUGGUGUGUGAGGUGAAGAUCUACGGUUUUAAAAAAGAUGGCUUGAUGCUGGUCCAAGAGAACAGAACCUGGGAAGAAGCCCUGUACCACUGCAGAGACUUAAACAUGGAUCUGGUGUCCAUCCUCGAUGAAGACACUCAGGGCUGGGUUGAGUUGGAGGCCAGGAAGGCUGACAGUCCCUAUGUAUGGCUGGGUCUUCACUACACCUGCACCCUGGAUUUCUGGUUCUGGGUCGAUGAUCACGUCGUAACAUUCAACCACUGGGGUCCAGGAGAGAAAGGAAAAGAAAACUGUGACAUGAGUGCUGUCAUGGACACAAAAGAAAAACACUACUGGUUUACAAAGUCAGACUAUGAUGAGUAUAAUUUCAUCUGUGCAAAGUAAAAGGCAUUUUUAUUUUCUUUGCUACAGUUACUUCCUUCACUGAUAAUAAUGUAUUCCGAUGGUUAUAUGACAUGAAUUAUUUACCUUCUGCUGUGUGUUUUUGCUGCAUAUUCAUAUAAAUUAUUUUAGUGUAAUUGGACAUUUGUUGGCUGUGGGUUUGUUUUAGUUUAUUUUAAUUCUUCUAUCAAAGACAAAAUGCAUUGACAAUACAAAAACAGUUGUAAUUUCUUUGAAAUUCAUAUGAAUUCAGGAUGCAGUGUCAUUUUAUCAUACAAAGCAGUUAUAUUUGCAUCCUUCAUUUUGUACAUUAGCUUGAAUGGGAUUUACAGAGGAUGUUAUUUCUCACAUAGAUUAUUACGACUAAUAUGGAAAAGCUACUUAUUCGUGUCUGGGUUCUUAUCGAGUCUAAAUAAAAGCUAAGAUGUGUUUGAAGAGUUUAUUGUCAUUUUAUC